AUGAAGCCCCGUGGGAACCUUCGGUCACUGUUUUGGGCGACCGCGGUACUUAUCACUGGAAUUGCAUACCGCAUCUAUCUCCACGACGCAUUCUCCUUGAUAUUUGGCUUUGGACGAGUGAUCCAGCCCAUUGGGGACUUUCCCUGGGACUGCAAGCGCAUUCACCACCCGCUUUUAGAAGGCUGCGAAGACAUCUGGCUGGACUACAACAACCGAAAGCUCUACGGCGCGUGCACCAGCGUCACCUCUCGGACAGGGUGGAACCCCGGCGGAAACUUGUACAAUCUCUCCGCGAGGUCGCGCACGGAUCACAUUUCCGUUUUGAACAUUGAUGAGCCAGGCCCUGAUGGACUGUACGGGUUGCAUCAGUUAAAGAUUGACUAUGCCGGAGACCUGGACUUGCACGGCUUUGACGUUCAUCAGGUCGGGGAUCGACAGCGAUUCUGGCUCAUCAACCACAGGCCGCCCGUGGAUCCUGCCACGGGAGAACCUCUUGACCCCACCAAGGUCGGCGCCAACUCCACAAUUGAAAUAUUCGAUCUCGAUGCGCCCUCAAAUACACUGGUGCAUGUCAAGACUAUCGCGAGCGAAGCGCUUGUCUCCCCCAACAACCUUGCGGUCGACCGUGAUGGACUUGGAUUCUUAGUGGCAAAUGACCACAACACAAAGGUUGGCAUGUUUCGUGAUCUCGGCAUGAUAUUUGGAGAUGGAAGCUUGGCUUACUGCCGGUCGGACACUGGAAAAUGCAAUCUCGUCGCUACUGAGGGCUGCUCAUUCCCGAAUGGCGUCGUUCGCGGGCGUGAUGGACUUUUCUAUGUUUUCCAUUCAUCAGCGGGGGUUAUCACCGUCCACAAAUCCACGGAGAAUGGCAUCAUUGAGAUUGAGAAGAUUCCGCUUCACGUUCCGGCCGAUAACCUCUCCGUUGACAAGGAGGGGAACAUCGUGGUUGCUGCUAUUCCUCAUCCAUACGGCUUUAUGCGGGCCGCAGACGACCCAUAUAACCGUGUUGCGGCGGCGGGUGUUCUGAUGGUUCGAAAGCAAGAUCAAAGAAAUGACCAGUCCGGAAGGGGGAACUACGAAGUCAUCAAGGUCAUUGAAGACAGAGAUGCUGAGUUCCUCCCCACGUCAACAGUGGCAGUACAUGAUUCCCAAACGCAUCGCUUGUUCUUGGCCGGAGGGUUCUCGCCGUUCCUCAGUAUCUGUCAGAGGCGCACCGAAAGAUAG